AUGGCAGACGCGCAGGACCGCAAGCCAGGCGAAGAGGAGGACGAGGAGGAAGAGCUUGACGAAACCAGCUACAAGUCGAUCAAAGAUGCCGUCCUCUUCGCAAUUGAUGUCAGUCCUACUAUGCUCGAGCGUCCUCCGGCUUCAAACGAUAAGAAGGCCGACCGCGACUCGCCCACAUCAGCUGCGCUCAAAUGCGCGUAUCACCUGAUGCAGCAACGUAUCAUCUCGAAUCCAACCGAUAUGAUGGGCAUCUUGCUCUUCGGCACGGAGAAGACCGAUCUGAAAGACGGAGACAGUACCUUUCAGCAUUGCUACUUGCUUUCAGAUCUCGACGUACCAUCCGCACAGGACGUGAAGAGGCUGCGCGAUCUAGUCGAGGAUGAAGCCGAGGCGGAGGAGCUGCUGAAGCCUUCAAAAGACGGCGCAAGCAUAGCGACAGUCCUCUUCUGUGCGAACCAAAUCUUCACGACAAAAGCCCCUAAUUUCUCCUCAAGACGGCUGUUCCUAGUCACAGACAACGACUAUCCGACUAAAGCGAAGCAGGACAAAGACGCAGCUGUGACACGAGCCCGCGACUUGUACGAUCUGGGGUGCACCAUUGACUUGUUUCCCAUCUCUCGCCAGGGCCACAGCUUUGACCGCACACGAUUCUACGAUGAUUUGGUCUAUCCUACAUCACCUUCCGACCCAGACGCGCCGGUUGCUAUACCCUCCACGACCAAAGUCGCUAAGAGCGGCGAAGGUAUCACACUUCUGAAGCAACUUCUUUCUUCCAUCAACUCAAAAGCUGCUGCUCGUCGAGCACUGUUCACACUACCACUGGAACUUGGCCCCGGCCUGAAGAUAGGCGUGAAAGGCUACCUUUUGCUGAAGCGGCAAGAGCACGCCAAGUCUUGCUACGUCUGGGUUGGUGGCGAGAAGCCCCAGAUUGUGCAGCAGUCCACAUCGCACAUGGCCGACGAUACAGCGCGAGUGGUCGAGAAGACUGAGCUAAGAAAAGCCUACAGAUUCGGCGGAGACGCCAUCACAUUCACGCCAGACGAGAUCACGCGGAUACGGCAAUGCUUUGGUGAUCCAGUGAUCCGGAUUAUCGGCUUCAAGCCCGCAUCCAGUGUACCAAUCUGGGCGAACACGAACAAGGCUACGUUCAUAUAUCCUUCCGAAGCAGACUUCAUCGGCUCAACGCGUGUUUUCUCGGCGCUGCAACAGAAGCUCAUCAAGUCGAAGAAGAUGGGUCUUGUCUGGUUUGUCGCGCGCCGUAAUGCCUCACCCACCUUAUGCGCGCUUCUGCCAUCCGAGGAGAAGGUUGACGAAGACGGUGAGCAGCAAAUGCCGCCAGGUCUCUGGCUUAUCCCGCUUCCCUAUGCAGACGACAUCCGCCAGUUCCCUGAGCAGGCCGAGGCACCUCUGAAGACCACAGACGCUCUCACGGACAAGAUGCGCAUAAUCAUGGAGCAACUACAACUACCUGGCGGUGUGUACGAUCCUUCGAAAUAUCCAAAUCCAGAUCUGCAGUGGUUCUACCGCAUCCUCCAAGCCAUGGCUCUAGAAGAGGACAUACCCGACGACCCCAUUGACAAGACGGUGCCGCGCUUCAAGCAGAUCGACAAGCGCUGCGGCGAAUACAUCGAAGACUACGGCAAGACAUUUGAGGAGGUCUUCGCUCAGCAAUCUCGCAACUCACUGGCAGUCCGCGGGAAGCCAGCAGCAAAGCGACGCACAGCCGAGCCCGAGGAGAAGGAAAAGCCCGCCAAGCGUGUGAAGACGGAGCCAAAAGUAAAGAGCGAAGACGGCGAUGACGACGGCUUGACCGACCAGCAAAUGGCCGUCAUCAACGACAAGGGCCAAAUUAGCAAGCAGACCGUUGCGGUGCUGAAGGCUUAUUUGAGCCAGAGGGGGCAAGGCGUGGCAGGGAAGAAGGCAGAUCUUAUCGAGAGGGUGCAGGAGUAUCUCGAGAGUAAGGGAAUGUAA